AGAGGCCCUGGGUUUGAGCCCCCAGAAGUAGACAAAAAGAGGAGCCCUACAGGCCCCACAGAGGGCCUGAUGUCUGAGUUUUGUCCUGGGGAGCAAAUUUGGGUCAGCUGUGUGCUGCAGGCUGCAGCUGGUCCACCAGUGCCCCAAACACAAGACGUGGGCCUGGGGGACAGGAGGACCCAGGCACUUCCCAAAAGUGGCCUCUCCAGGGCCUUAGGUGGUCAUCUGGGCAGCUGGGAAAAGAUAGGAGGGGAUGACGGUCAUGAAGGCAGGGAUCCAGCCCUCCAAGCCCCAAGACCCCCCAAACCUGAAGUAGUUGCUGAUGUUCACCACUCUCCUUCCCCCACCUGAACAGGACCCCACCUGGGUUCCACAAGUCUCACUCCCCAACUUGUACCCAACUUGAGCUCUGUAUUCUGCCUUCAUGACCUUGAGGGCCAGGUCCAGGCAGCCUGAUGACUGCCUCCCCAGGAGCCCUUCUCAGCCCAAAGGGCUAAGGUGGCCUCCCUUUUCCCAGGCUAUGAGCUGCCACCCUGUACUGGCCCACCGUCAGCUCCUCAGAAUUCUGAGGCCCCACUGAGGAAGAGGCUGAGAACACAGUGCUUCCCUGGUGGCUGAGCCUGGGUGAGGAGAAGCUGGGUGUGUGUGGCGGUCUAGUCAGCUUCUUCCCAGCCUCCCCUGGGCAGGGUUGUUGUCCUCUACAAGUAAAGAGACUUAGCAUGGUGAGGUCCCCAUCUUGCCUAAGACUGUGUGUUUGUUAACAAAGUUCGCGCAGGUGUACCCUGCACAGCCAAUAGCUGAAGGAAAGGGACCUGCUUUCCACACUGUCCCUGCGGCCCCAAGUGUGAGCACUCAUCAGGCCCUGCCCUAGCUAGGCUGGAGGCCAGGCAGGGGUGUGGGCAGGGCCGAACCAGGGGAUGGGCUAGGGCUGGCCCUGAGAGCCCAGUCCCUGCCCCUGGUUGGUCUCCUCCUCCUGGUGUUGACACAGGGCUGUCUUCUCCACUGUGACCUUCCCAGCAGGCCUCUGGGUGUUAGGGCCUGCCCAGGGCACCUGCCUGAGCCUGCCUGGACCCUUUCUGGAGAGAGGCAGGGCCCCCUCAGGAAGACACACCAUUGCUAGGCAGUUUCUGUGUCUUACCUCUCAAACUCCGAGCCCCUGUCCUAUCUCUGAUGACUUUUUUUUUCCCCCCUCAGUACUGGGGAUUGAAUCCAGAGCCUUCCCACUGAGCUAUAAUCCCAGCCUCUUUGUAAUUCUUAUUUUGAUAUGGGGGCUCAAGAAGUCCCUAACUGAUCAAGCUGUGCUCAGAUUUGGGAUCCUCCUGCCUUAAUACUGGGAUUGCAGGCAUAUGCUAACAUGCCUGGCUUUGUGGCUGUUUACCUACGCAUCUCCCUCAAAGCCCAGGGUUGGGGGUGUAAGGCACCUCUGCCCUUGUUUCCUCCCUCAGAAUCCCACUCCUGCCCUGCACUUGAAGCCCUACAGCCAGCCCUGUCCUUUCUCCUGCCCUGAAGUCCCUGCUGCCCUAGGCCUCACAGGCCCCCACCUGCAUAGGGAAAGCAGCCACGCCUCUCUGCAACACUGUGCUUGGCUCUGCCUGUGUGUGCCUUGAGUCCCCAGUGCAGAGACCAGUGUGAUGCAUGGAUGUGGUGGCCCUAGUUGGGCUACUCAUCCUGCCACCCCAGCUGCAGAGGAACUGGACUGGAGUCAGCUCAGGUUCCUGGAGGUGAGCCAGGUCUCCAGGACAGUCCUUGGGCCCUGUCUGGCAAGGCCUUGACACCGAGAGUGGAGAGUCAAGCCUAGGGGAAUGGAGGGAGGCAACAGGAAGUGGUUGCUGGGCCCAGCUGCACUUGGUGUCCCCUCCCGUCCCUGGCCCCCUCUCCCCAGUCCAGAGUACUGGGGUGGUAUCACAGGGCCUGUGCUUACCACAUACCCCUGGCCAGGUCUCUCCUGUCCAGCAGCUGCUUCCAUGUCUGAGUACAUGAGUGGGUUGUGUGUGGGACACAGCAUGACAAACAGCAGCCAAAGGCCGAGGGUCAAGGCCCACACUGUUCUGCCCUCCACUGGGGUCAGAGGCCCCAGGAGCUGCCCUUUUCCAUGGGGUCAAACAUGACUACAGUGAGCUGGGGACAAAAGGCCCUUCUUCUCCAGAAGCUGGGGCUGAGUGGGGGAGGGAGCAUUCCCGAGGACCUCCGUGGGGGCGGGGUGGCGCCUACCAGAGCCUUGACUCUGGCUCAGGAAACCCUCCCACCUGCCUGCUGGGAGGCACAGGGACUCUUGGGACUGGGCCAAAGCUGGGUAGGGUGGCUGCAGCCUCCAGGGCUGCAUUUUCCAUCUUCAGUCUGCUGGGCACCAAGACCAGGCACAGGCUUUACCUGGGGGAGGCUGCUGAGUGUGCCCUGACCUGUCCCUGCCUGUGUCCAAGUCUCUGAGCCUCUCCCUGCUGCUAUUUUCCUUCAGAAAUGGGGUUUCAACAGCUCUUUCUAUGCCUCCCCAGUGCGAGCUGAAAGCUGAGUCCUGGGUCUGGCCAUGACCCUGCUGACCCUCACUCUCCUGGGCCUCUCACUUGUACGAAUUUCUCCUGUGUCUGGGGCCAGCACGGGAGGCAGGUAGUGUGGGACACAGGAACAAGACUUGAACUGGUGACUGAGUGGGUCUCCCACGAAGCCGAGCAGCAAGGAAAGCUGGAUUUCGUCCCAGGCUUGGUGCAGGCUGGGCCUCCCGUGCCUUCUUCCUUUGAUGUUUAGGCGGCAAGGAGGAGGGUGGUUGCUUCUUGAGCACCUGAGUCCCAGCCAGAAAGACCCGCUCACUUUUUCCAGAAGGCAGGGAAAUUUCCCCGUCAGUGCAGCAGGGCUGACCGAGGUGACUGUGAGCCCAAGUGCUGUGAGUGUGGCUUCCCCAGGGGAUGGGUCAGCAUGACCCAGCUCUCCAGCCAGGGAUAGGGAGGGAACCUGUCUACCUGGGCGUGCCUCCACUAGCCCGGAGCCGCCACCCCAUCCAGGGCCUUGGUGCAUAGUACCUAGCUCCUUGGCAGCUUGACUCUGCUGGAGGGUGGGGGCCAGAGGAAAGCCCUGGUGGUGCACCCGACUCCGGGCCAGGCCCAUGGCUCCCCCACCAGGGGUCAGUCAGAAGCUCCAAGCGGCUCCUCUUCUGCUAAGGCCCGGGUCCGGUGGAGUCCAGCCAGCAUCCACUGCCAAGAUUCCCGGCAAGGGACACAGUUCUCGCUUGUUCCUGCCGGCAGCUUCUCAGGCUUCACCACGCUGCUUCCUUUUUUAGGCAAAGCAGACUCCAGCCGUUCUCAAGGCCCCAUGGUGUCUCACCUUCCAGAAAGGGAGGAAGGAAAACCAUUGAGUCUCAUCCGUCCUCCCCACUGAGCAUCCUCCUGCAGAGGGUGGGAAGGGAGGGGAUAUCCUGCAUGUGCCCCCUCUCCCCCAACUCCAAGGUUACCCCCAUCCCCAAGGGCUCUAGCAGGGCAGGGGAUGGGGCUCCUGCCCAGGAAACGCGAGGGCUGUGUCUUUGCAGCCAGUCCGCUCUGGUCUGGACCUAACCAAGGUCAAAGGACCCAGCUCCAGCUGACCAGUGGUCCCCCCGGGGCCCCUGAGACCUGAUGGGCCUGGCCCUGAGCCCCUCGAUGGAUAGUGGAAGAGGCCAGCAACAGGCCAGUCCAUCAGGAUCAGAGAGGACAGGGCCAGGACCUCCCCUUCUGUUCCUGAGGGUUUUCCUCCAGGAGCUCCAGGUGCCUUGCUAAGUCUUCCCAAAUUGUCUACGAAGCGGAGCCCAGGGUACUGUGUCCUAAGCUCCACCCAGGGGCUUUCCCAUUCCCUUUCGCUCAGGUCUUGGAAACACCUAAGCCUGCCUUUUUGGCCCUGUGGCCACUGUGUGGCCUGGACCUGGGCUUCCCUGGGGGGUGUGUUCCUGGCGUCGCCACCGCUUUAUCCUCUGGCGCUCAGCCGCGGCUUCAGAGAUUCUGAAGUGGGCAGAUCUAACGGGCUGGGAUUAAGAGGGCUGGGAGACACCAGGGCCUCACAACCAGGGAAGGAAACACAGAUGCUGCGCGUGGGCGCCCAGGCGUAUGCGCCAUCACACACGCGGGCCAGUUAGUGGGCGCGCCUCUGCGGAAUCCGGGCAGGUGGGCGUCUUCGAGUACUAGGCGUGCGCGCGCCCGGGCGGGCCCGAGUGGGCGUGGCUCGGAAGUGGGCGUGGCUGUGGGAUGGGCGUGGGUUCUCGGGGGCGGGCCCAGCUGCCGCCUGCAGCCCGCCGCCCAGGAGCAAGCAGGCGAAGAGCUGCGGCCAGGCGCCUGGUCCCACGUCGCGAUGCUGCCCUGGACUGCGCUAACCCUGGCCCUUGGGCUAUGGUUGACUCUGGCGCGUAGCGGUGCGGAGCGCGGUGAAGCUCAAGGACCUGGGUGUCACGGUCUUCAUCGUCAGCACUGGCAGGGGCAACCUGCUGGAGCUGUCAGCUGCUGCCUCGGCCCCUGCAGAGAAGCACUUGCACUUUGUGGAUGUGGAUGA